AUGCCAGAUUCAAGGAUUCAUUCUAGCCUUGUCACAUCUCCUCACUUUAGUGCGAAAACUGCCACAAAAGCUUCUAAUCCCAUUUUAUCAUCUCCCUUCAACAUUCCAAUUCACAAGACCACUGCUGAUGAAUACUUUGAAAGUCGAGAUAAAGAGAAGAAGACCCCAGCCAUUUUCCCAGCGGAAACUACUGCAACAGUUGAGGCUCUACUCGAACCAGAAAAAAAUGAAGUUGGGGCUAUCCACAGUGAGUCAUCCACAGUCGUGGAGAAAACCACUUCCAAACUUUCGACCAUACUUGCUGCUCAUAAGGAUCUGGUGGAUUUGGAUAACAUCGUCACUGUACAAAAACGUGAGUUCUUGUCAGCACUCAUCCACAAUGGUUACGUAAAAUGA